AUGCAGGAUCAAGCAAGAUAUAAAGAUAUAUUAAUUCUUAAUAUAUCAGUCCAUGAUAGAGACCAAGCUAGAGAAUGUAAAAAAUAUGUAGUGGAUGCUGAAUAUCGUGUUAGGGGUUUCCUCAAACAAACCAAUUCCCAAGGUGUAGUAAUAUUAUCUUUUUAUUAA